AUGAGUGUCUCGGAUUCUUCCAGCUCUCUUGGUGCUUCUCAAAAGGCGGGAAAACUUGCCCAUAACUACUCAUGGUGGCCAUUGAUAGGCAUGUCGUUCUCGCUGACCAACUCAUGGCUAGGCGUUUCCUCAUCAUUUGUCGUGGGGCUUUCAGGCGCAGGUCAACCUGCGGUCGUCUACGGUCUUAUAUUCGCUUUUGUGUUGACUUUGAUGUGUGGGUAUUCGCUCUCAGAAUUCUCCCGGUUGCUUCCUAAUAGCGCUGGAACGAGUUUUUGGACGUUAAAACUUCUUGAGAGAAGUGCGGUCGGUGAUGUCGAAGAGCUCUCGGUUAGAGAGAAGUCAUCCAGCGCUCUUGACAUCAGCAAGUUGUCACAGAAAGAAGACGAGACCACGGAUGAUAAGCUCUUGAAGCUAAGCACCAUGGACUCGAACAGCUGUCGUUCGUCUUUCCAGAAGCACAUGGCGAUAGCGGUUGGCCUAAUCAACUAUUUUGGUUGCGUGUUCACGACAGCAAGUAUUGUGUCUUCAUUGAUAUACAGUAUAAUGGGUAUCCACUCCAUUCUGCAUCCCUCUUUCGAGUUGAAGCGGUGGCAUACAUUCCUACUGUACGAAAUACUGACCAUUUUUUUGACUGCGUUCAAUUGCAAUUACAGGGGCUUGCCAUUCCUGUCCUCCUUUGGGCUAGCAAUGUCACUGUUCUCGUACGCCAUCACAUUUAUCCUGUGUCUCGUUUCAAGAAGCGACACCAUCGCCGAACAGCCUUGGCCUAAGAGCGAAGACAUCUUCUACAAGUUCCACAACAACACCGGGUGGAAGUCCAAUGGAAUGGCGUUCCUGGUCAGCCUCAUCAACCCACUAUGGUCGUUCGUGGGGAUCGACUCAGCAACGCACAUGGUGGACGAGGUUGGCCAUGCUGCAGCGAGAGUGCUGGUGCCCAAAGUCAUCAUGACCACCAUUGUGAUUGGUUUCGUCACGAGUUUCUCGUAUUCGAUUGCGCUCUUUUACUGCGUCCGCGACACGAGCGCUGUGUUGGAAUCGAUUGCGCCAGCUGUGACAAUCUAUUACCAGGCGACGGGAAACCGAAACUUGGCGGUGUUCAUGCAAGCGUCCACCAUCGUGGCCGGCCUGACAUGCGGUGUUGCGAGUGGGACAUGGCAGUCGCGGAUGUUGUGGGCGUUAUCGAGGGAGAUGGAGGCGAUGAGGCCGGAGGGAACGCUGUCGCGAUUGGUAACGGCCAGGUUUGCGAGUAUCGAUUCCAAGAACAAGGUGCCCUUGUAUGCACACCUGUUCUCGCAGGUUCUUGUUGCGAUUAUAGGGUGCAUCAUGCUGGGCAGCACGAAGGCGUUCAAUGCCAUCAUAUCGGCAGCAGUGACGCUUCUAAUCGUGUCAUACGCCAUUCCGAGUGUGAUACUGCUUGUUAGAGGCCGGAACAGGUUCAUUGAAAAGUGCGAAAGGGAAGCCGGCGAUGAGGCGGUCAAAGCACCCAGUAAAUGGGGCGUGAUUCCACACACGAUGACGGUGGUGUACGCAUUGUUUUGCCUGGUUAUGCUGUCUUUUCCUUAUGUGAAACCUGUGACAGUGUCGAACAUGAACUACGUGUCUGUUGUGUACGGAGCGAUUGCGAUGAUCAUAGGGUUGGUGAUAGUGUUGUUCAGUAGUAUUUAA